ACCCAUAUAUCCCUUCUCUCGCAACUCUCAACUCUCAAGUCCAUUACUGUAACGCUUCUCCCCUUCUCUAUACAUUGCUUCUGCUGCAGAGCCAAGGAGAUCCAAGAUCUGGGUUUUCAUUUUCUGAUCUGCUAGUUCACACUCCACCAUGGGCAAAGGCGGGGCUUUGAGCGAGGGUGUUCUCAAGAAGAUCUUGUUAUCCUACUCCUAUGUCGCCGUCUGGAUCUUCCUCUCCUUCACCGUCAUCGUCUACAACAAGUACAUCCUCGACCGCAAGCUCUACAACUGGCCCUACCCGAUCUCCCUCACCAUGAUUCACAUGGGUUUCUGCUCUUCCUUGGCCUAUCUCCUCGUCCGGGUUUUUAAGGUUGUCGAGCCCGUUUCGAUGUCGUGGGAGCUUUACCUCAAAUCCGUUGUCCCAAUCGGGCUCCUGUACUCCCUCUCGCUCUGGCUCUCAAAUUCCGCUUACAUUUAUCUCUCGGUUUCGUUCAUUCAGAUGCUGAAAGCCCUGAUGCCCGUUGCGGUUUACUCGAUUGGGGUUGUUUUCAAGAAGGAGAAUUUCAAGUCGGAUACUAUGGCUAAUAUGGUCUCGAUCUCUGUCGGGGUUGCUAUUGCGGCUUACGGGGAGGCGAAAUUUGAUUCCUGGGGGGUGAUUCUUCAGCUUGGAGCUGUGGCCUUUGAAGCCACCAGGUUGGUUAUGAUUCAGAUUUUGCUCACUUCUAAGGGUAUUACGCUUAAUCCCAUUACUUCUCUUUAUUAUGUGGCUCCCUGUUGCUUGGUUUUCCUGUCUGUGCCCUGGAUUUUCGUUGAGUUCCCGGUUUUGAAAGAGAAUUCCAGUUUCCAUUUCGAUUAUUUGAUAUUUGGCACCAAUUCUCUAUGUGCAUUUGCCCUGAAUCUCGCGGUUUUCUUGCUCGUGGGCAAGACCUCGGCUUUGACCAUGAAUGUGGCUGGAGUGGUUAAGGAUUGGUUGUUGAUUGCAUUUUCCUGGUCUGUGAUUAAGGAUACUGUGACUGCUAUCAAUUUGUUUGGAUAUGGCCUGGCUUUCUUGGGUGUGGGAUACUACAAUCACUCCAAGUUGCAGGCCCUUAAGGCUAAGGAAGCUCAGAAGAAGGCUGCACAGCCCGACGAGGAGUCUGGCCGAUUGUUGGAGGCGAGGGAAGCGGAGAGUGUUAGGAAGAAUGAAUCUCAAGGCUGAAACUUUAUCCAUAGAAAUAUGAUGGGAGAAUGAUAUGAUGGGAUAUGGUUAUUUGUUGGUUAAAGACUUUAGGCUUUAUUAGAUAUUGGAUUCUAUAAUCUUUUUGUCGUGUUCUUUGUUAUCUAUUUCGUGUUAUGUUGGUUAUAGUCAUUCUCAGCUCAUGCUAUACCAGGGAUCUGACUUAUUCGUUGCUCAUAUUGCCACAUCAUGUAUGUGUGCGUUGAGCAAGACUUGAGGCUCGCCAUCUUUGUUAUCAUAUAAUACAGAGUAUUUAUUAUUGGAGCUCUUAUAUCAUUAAAACGUUUUUCU